AUACCGGAUCUGCAUGGAAAGGUCGCCGUCGUGACUGGUGCAAACUCUGGAAUCGGUUAUCAGACGACUGCACAGCUUGCUUUGCACGGAGCGAAGGUGUAUCUAGCCUGUAGAACAGAGUCGAAGGCUCUUGCCGCCAUUGCUCGUAUUGAAAAGGAGAAUCCAAUCUUGAAGGGUACCGAGAAUCUGAUUUGGACUCCCCUUGACUUGUCGUCUAUCUCGUCCGCGAAGGCUGCAGCUGAGGAAAUCUUAGCGAAAGAACAGCGGCUUGAUCUUUUAGUGAACAACGCGGGAUUUUUACCUGCAGAAUAUAGUGUCACAGAAGACGGGAUGGAGAGAACGGUUAGCGCUACAGCCAAUACUCCGGGGGCUGAUGUCCGUGUCGUCAUUAUUUCCUCUGUCAGCUAUAAAUCAGCCGGGGAAGUCAACUUUGAUACCCUUGAAUGCUUCAACGACAAGCGCAGCAUAGGUGGUACUUGGUUUGCAAGAUUUGCACAGUAUGGUCAGUCCAAAUUGAUGAAUAUCUUAUUUGCUAUGGAGCUGCAACGAAGAUUUGACAAUGAAGGCGUGCCGAUCAUUGUCAGCUCUCUUCAUCCCGGAGGCGUCGAUACAGAAGGUGCCGAAGCCAAUGCCCCCUACGUCAUCAAGAUCCUUAUCAGGUUGUUGGCUAUGUCUCCUCUCGAGGGAGCCUAUACUAGUCUCUUUGCUGCGACUAGCGCAGAAGUGGUGGCGCAGCCGCAUAAAUACAAAGGGAAGUACUUAGAAAGAUGUCAGGUCGUGACACCUACGACCAAGGAUGCAUCAGACCCGGUUCUCGCUAGAAAGCUCUGGGAAGCGACGGAGAAAGUCGUAGCGGAGACC